AUGGCAAAGACCACGACCGUUGCAGCUUCCGCUAAAAGCGCUGCUCCUGCCAAGAAGCAGUCGAAGAAAAAGUCAGCUGUAUCUGGUGGAGCCAAGAAAAGCUGCCCGACAAAGUUAAGUCCCAGCAUCUUCAAGCAGAUUUUCAAAGCGGUGUCUGCUGAACACAGAGGGGUCUCCAUGGCAGCUGUCAAGAAGGCUCUGAUUGCGAAAGGCUACAAUGUGGAGAAGAACAACGGCCGCAUUCAGAUGGCUAUCAGAUGCUUUGUGAGUAAGGAGCAUAUCGUCCAGCUGAAAGGAAGAGGGGCCUCCGGAUCGUUCAAGGUGAACAAGAAGCAGCUGCAGAGCCAAGAGAAAGCAGACAAGAAAAAGGCCCUGCCGCCAGUAAAGGCCAAAUCCAAGAAAGUAGCAAAGCCAAAGGGGAAAGCGGACAAGAAGCCAUCUGUCCCAAAGAAAAGUACCAAAAAGCCUAAAGAACCCGCAAGUGCCAAGGUUGCCCCUUUAAAAAGCCAGAAGUAG